UUGCUUGGAGGCAAAAGUUGAUGAAUUAAAUAAAGAGAUGGCAGCGUUAAGGAAGAUGCUUAGUUCUGUUAUUGACCAACAAAAGCAUCAGGCCGAGCAUCAUAUGCAUAGCCAUUCACCGUCAUCUUCGGUUAGACCAUCAUCCCCUGUGGCACCGUCUGUUGGAGAGCAAGCUGAAGAAUUUGAUGCACCCAUAGACGGUUCCAAUGGUAGGAAGGAGGAUGAUGAUUGUACUACACCGUUUGAGCCUAUCGUACCUGGAGGACCCUAUGUGGAGGAUUCCUGGGCUUUGGUGCCAUAUCGGCCUUUGCAUUUCGGGUGGGAUAUCGGUGCUUCAGCUGACAGUCCACAUCAUGACCAAUCAGCUGAGAUUGAGGUGGAAGAUCGGAAGCAUAACGUUGGUGAUACAAGCCGAUUCGGUUGAGUUUACCACCAGUCACAUCACGUCAUCUCUCCUUACACCGACCCGUGUAAAAAGAAGGUCAAAUUUAAUCUUACUCGACCUAUUGAUGCAUCAAAGGAGAGGGCGUUCGAUGAGUGGUAUAGGGUGGCACCGAAGGAAGCAACCGUGUGUACAUCUUAUAUGACGGUGGGAAAGGAAUUUUUUG